GUGAGCAAGACUUUCAUAUUGCUGGUGGCUGCAAGCAAAGCGAUCACCGUUUACAACCAAGGUCGCGAUGGAAGGCGCUAGCUUCACCCCCCAGCAGAAGGCCGAGCUCGUCAAUCGAGUCCGCUCGGAAGUCCAACAGCAGGCGCUGCAGGAGUUGACACAGAACCUACAAGAGAAGUGCUUCGACAAGUGCAUCACGCGUCCCAAUGGCAAGCUUGAUGGCAAGCAGCAAAACUGUCUUGCUUUGUGCAUCAACAGAUACAUCGAUACCAUGAAGGUGGUCUCGGAAGUCAUGGUGCAGCGCGGUCCCCAGGGUUAAGUGCUCGGAUCGCUAGGUGUUGUUGGCCUCGAGUCGACAGCAGGGAACAUCUAACCAAAGAGGCUGCAGUGGUAACGGAUCGUGAGCUUGUAGUUUCUUUAGAGGAAUGCUGCACUUCAAUACACAACGCGUAUGCCUCUGAGAUCCAGUGUCUGUUUGGUUCUGGCAAUGAUUGUCAUAGCUAGAAUCUAUCAUCGGUGAUGAUUCAGUACUUGCACGCAUACUUUAGCGGAUACUGCAGUACGAGGUGUGAGGCAAAAAAGAAAAUGAGAGAACACCGGUAUGACGGGGUUGAACUGCU